AUGUUGUUGACAUCGUUCCUCACGGCCGCCGCGCUCUUUCGCCCACUUCGUGCCUGUGAGGACCAUGAAUGGACCUCGCCCAUCCUGGGAGGCUAUGUGGACCAUGACCUGAUGCGCCGACAUGAUCUCGACAAGAGAAUCCAGCCUACAGCACUGAGAAGCCCUCCCCAGCAGAUUAAGGACAUCCAUUGGGGCCAACUCAACUUCCUCCAUACAACCGACACUCACGGAUGGUUGGCGGGGCAUCUGCUGGAUGAGAACUACAGCGCCGACUAUGGUGACUUCGCGGAUUUCGUCAGAAAGAUGAAAGCAAAAGCUGACUACCUCGGCGUUGACCUGUUGCUCAUUGACUCAGGAGAUCUCCAUGACGGGACUGGUUUUGGGGAUAUUACCGUCCCCAACGGUAAACUGACUUUGCCGAUCUUUAAGAGGCUUCCCUACGAUCUUCUUUCCAUUGGUAAUCAUGAGCUCUACACCACGGAGAUUGCAAAUGACACCUAUCACAACUUUGCACCCAACUGGGGCGGGCGGUACUUGACAUCGAACGUUGAAUUCAACGAUACUGGUGUUGUGAAGCCUUUCUCGCAGCGGUAUGCCUACUAUCAAACCAAAUUUGGGAUCAGGAUCAUGAGCUUUGCCUUCAUCUUCAAUUUCACAGGAAACAGCAAUGCGAGCGUGGUCACUCCUGUGGGCGAUGCUGUCAAGAAGCCAUGGUUUUUGGAACAGGUGAAAAGAAAUGACAUUGACUUGUUCCUUGUCGCGGGACAUAUAACCUUGCGGAAGUCAACAGAAUGGGGACUGAUCUACUCUGCUAUCAGGCAGUACCACCCGACGACGCCAAUUCAGAUCUUCGGUGGUCAUCGACAUGUAAGAGAUUCCGUUGUCUUCGAUGCUUCAGCUGUGGGUAUCGCAUCAGGCCGUUAUUGCGAAACAGUUGGUUGGCUCUCCGUUGAUGGCCUACCGAGCAACGUGACCCGCGCUAAAUCACCCCAGGGCUCAGGGACCAAGAUCACUCAACAGCCUUCUACAGUCCCUGGUGUGACACCAAACACGAAUUCAUCAUUAUCGUUUACGCGACAGUACCUCGACUUCAACCGCUAUAGCUUCGAAUACCAUACCAAGUCGACAGAAACGACAUUCAACACCUCCUACGGCCAAGGGAUCAGCGAAGACAUUACAGAAGCAAUUGACACGCUUCCUGACUUGACCAACAGACUAGGAUGUUCACCGGGCAAUUACUAUCUGGAUCGGUUCCCGCUGACAUCCAACCAAAGUCUGUUCAACUAUCUAACAACCGUGGUAUUCCCACUAGUGGUGGUCGAUCCCAAUCGAACCCACGUCCCACGCAUCAUCCUCACCAACACGGGUGGCUUCAGGUACGACCUCCUCCAAGGAGCCUUCACCAUCGACAACGCAUAUCAAACCAAUCCGUACAAGAACUACUGGCUGCGCAUGACUGCGCCAUGGUCCGUGGCCAAAAAGCUCCUCCUCAACAUGCAGACCGACAAGGUAUACAAACGCCAAACAAGCCCCAACACCACAUUCGUCAAAACCCCCGGGUACGUGACGGAAGACGACUUCGGCAACGACGGCGACAACACCGUGCACACCAACCAGGGCUACUUCAACAGCCCGCAUUACGUGCAGGCGAACGUCAGCGUGGCCAACAUCACCGACGACAGCACGCUUGUGGACGUCUACGGCACGAGUUUCUUCACCCCCGCAGCGGCCAAGUAUCUCCAGGGGAACACGAGCGACUGGGUGCCUGCAGACGGCAACUUCAGCAGCUUUGACACGCUGGUGCGCAUGGCGAAGCUGCACUGGAGCCAGGACUGCUAG